CUCCUUCUCACAUGUUUUAUUGCUCUCGCUUGUAAUCCCUCGUAUUUCGGACCAAGGAAGAAGAGUCUUACCAUCCUCUGACUCUGUUAUUGCUGUUGCGGCUCCUGGUGCUUUUUCUGCCAUCGUCUUCGUCUUCUUCGUGUUCGUGUUCGUGCUCUGCUUUGCUCUGCUGUGCCUCUACAGCUCUUUGACCGUCAGGCGAAGGGGCUCAAUCAUCAAUGGAGUCACCUUCAUCAUCCCUCUGACACCGUCAUCCCCCACUCCUUGGGUUAUUGUUGUUGUUGUUGCUGUUGUUGUUGCCUUCCUCCCUCCCUCUUCCUCCCACUAGGGUUUUUGUUGUUGCUGCUUCCCCUGCACCCUUCUCCUCCUCCUCCUCCUCCUGCUGCUGCUGCUGCUGCUGUUUUUUUUUUUUUUUUUUUUUUUUUUUUUUUUCUUUUCUUUUUUUCAGAUGAGUGUGAGUGUUUCAAUGGGCCGUGGGAGGAGAUUGUAGGAGGAGUGAGUGGAGGGGGGAGAGAGACGGGGAGUGGACGACAAGGGAUGUGAAGGUAACGGAUGAGCUCAUGGCGGGGCGGUGGGGGAGGAUCUGUUGGUGAUGUGUGCGGAGCCGGGGACGUGGAGGAGCUUGCAAUUAGGGUCCAGGGCGAUUUGUACUGAUUGGAACGAGGUAGCAGCAGUUUUGAGCGUGCUAUCACAACAAUUUUGUAAUUAGUGGAAAUCCGACUAGGUGGUGUGAAGAUAUGUCUGUGAUGGCUUUGGAGGAGCCGGUGGAGCUUAAGUUCCGUUUAUAUGACGGCACAGAUAUAGGUCCCAACAAGUAUCCGCCAGCAACUACAGUGGCCAACAUCAAAGAGAGUAUUCUCAACCAUUGGCCGAAAGAAAAACAAAAUGGUCCGAAGAGUAUACACGAUCUGAAAUUGAUAAAUGCUGGUAAAAUUUUGGAGAAUACCAAAACCCUUGCGGAUUCUAGAGUGCUGUUGGGGGAAAUUCCAGGAUGUGUUAUCACCAUGCAUGUUGUCUUACGGCCACCUACAAACGACAAAGCUAGUGAGAAGCAAGCUGAAGCUCCUAAGCCCAAAACUUGCUGCUGUACAAUACUCUAGCUUUCUGUCUGGAAGCGCUCUGCAUGUGCAGGUAGGGGAAUGUAAAGGAAGGGUCAGGUUGUAGGUGAGAGUUCAAGACGCCUGGGUGACGAGGCAGUGAUAUUUGCUGCCACUUUGGUGAUGCUCCUACCAUGCACACAGCGUCAUAAAGAUCCAGCAGAAGAUGGUCGUGUACUGGUCAUACAUAGGUCGAUGCGAGUGCAGCAAUAAUUUGUUGCGACCAUGCAUUCCUCGGAUUGCAAUAUUUUUUUUGUGAGCGUUCCUUGAGCGUAGCGAAGGAACCAUAUGGGGAGAGGCAAAGAGCUACGGCAAGUGUGGAUCAUGAUGUCUCUUCAUAUCCUGGACCACUUUAAAAGUGCACAUUUAAGUGUCAUGCGGGGACUGUGCAGCUGUAUCAAAUAAUGCGAUGCACAUCAAGUUCAUGGCCUCCCACACGUGCCUCAUGGAUUUCAGCACGUUGUUGCCUGGUGGAGAAGCCUUACCCAGGGUUAGUCUCCAGGAAUUAUGCAUUUUCAAGCCCCCGCAUUUGAAUCGUGUUGUUUACAAUUCGGAGAGGAGGCAGGCACAUUAUCCUGCUUUUGCAUCUACUUGUACCUUAUACUCCUGCAUGUCAGAGUUAGUUUACCAAUAUGACAAGUUUCUGAAGGGCUUAAACCAUCUCACAAUAGAGACAUAUCUCAUUGGCUGACCUUUUGUAUUAGUCCCUUGUUCAUCAUCGCAAAUACUUCGCAGUAAGUGCUUUGGUUUAUUUGAAAUGGAAGCAGAAGGUUUUUCUAUUA